AUGGUGAAGGAUGGAAAACGAACGUUUUUUUGCUCUGCAAGCACUCUCGUGUCAAUAUUGGCUACAAUUCUUCUCCUAUUCCAACCAGAUUACUGCAUCGCUAAGCGACAACCACCAUGUACACCUUCAUCAUGCGGCCAAAUCGGCCACAUAGCAUACCCAUUUCGCCUCAAAGAUGACCCAAGCCACUGUGGCGACCCAAGGUACGAGUUAGAGUGCGUGAACAACGCCACACUCUUAACUCUGUUCUCGGGAAAAUACCGUGUGCAUGAUAUCGACUACAAGGGAUACAAAAUCCAGGUUAGUGACCCGGGUGAAGAGGAGGAGGAUGGUAACUGCUCCUUCAUCCCUCGCAAUUACUUAACGGAGGCUUAUUUCAGGCCCACGGGCCUGGUUGGCCCAGAUGAUUUCGGAGCACAGCCGUUCAUUUGGAACCCCUCGUAUACUUUCAGAAUAGGAUACUUCAACUGCGCCAAUCCUGUGAGUGACGAUCCACGAUAUGUUAAGGUGGAGAGAAGUGGAUGUGGCAGCGGAGGGCACGUGUAUGCUUUUCUUGAACCGUCGUUGUUUACCUGUUGGGUGAAGGACAUCAAGGUUGGGUGCGAUUUAAUGGUGGCUACGGUGGUUGAUUGGGCGGAGAGGGAGAAUGUUACCUACGAUGUGAUCCAUCGCAGCAUAAGUGAGGGAAUUGAGUUGUCGUGGUUGCCUGUUAUUUGCGAAGAUCGAUGUGGAAAAGGGACCGAGUGUACGGUUGUCGAUAAAUCCAACGGAGAAGUCCAGUGUGAGAAGCAUUACUGUCAUUACGCCUACCACACCACUGAUAAGUGCAAAAUUUGGCAAAAGAUUUUUGGCUAUACUCGAGCGUAUCUUAGAGGCGUUAUUUUUGGAAUAGGUAGCAGAAUAACAUUCAGCACGAAACAAUUGGACAACCCAGUUGGACUGCAAUAUUUCGAUGGAGGAAUAUUCAUAGGACGAACUGUUAUACCAAUAGUUUUGGCUGCCAGAUAUCUGUUAGGAGUUGUACUUAUUCUUGUGUUAUUGAUCUACAAAUGGAGCCGAAGACAUUUUUCAAUAUAUGAAAAUAUUGAAAAUUUCUUGCUAGAUAGCCAUCUAAAUCCCGUUAGGUAUGAAUACAAAGAAAUCAAAAAAAUGACAGGAGGUUUCAAAGUGAAAUUGGGUCAAGGAGGCUUUGGUGCUGUAUAUAAAGGAAAACUCCGAAGUGGAUUGGAUGUAGCAGUAAAGAUGUUGAGCAAAUCGAAUGAUAAUGGACAAGAUUUUAUCAAUGAAGUAGCUACCAUUGGGACAAUACAUCAUGUAAAUGUGGUGCGUCUUAUUGGAUAUUGUGUUGAUAGAAAAAAGCGUGCUCUAGUUUACGAAUAUAUGUCUAAUGGGUCAUUGGAUAAAUACAUUUUCUCCAACGAAAAAGGAACCCCUUUAAGCUACGAGAAAAUAUACGAAAUAUCUCUCGGAAUAGCUGAUGGGAUUGCAUAUUUGCAUCAAGGUUGUGAUAUGCAAAUUCUGCAUUUUGAUAUCAAGCCUCAUAAUAUUCUUUUAGAUGCCAACUUUGUUCCAAAGGUUUCAGAUUUUGGACUUGCAAAGCUACAUGCUGUAGAUGAGGGCGUUGUUAAUAUGACUGCAGCGAGAGGAACAUUGGGUUAUAUGGCUCCCGAGUUGUUUUACAAAAAUAUGGGUGGGGUAACUUAUAAAGCUGAUGUAUAUAGUUUUGGAAUGCUUUUAAUGGAAAUGGCAAGUAGGAGGAGGAACUCAAAUCCUCAUGCAGAACAUUCAAGUCAGCAUUACUUUCCCUUUUGGAUUUAUGAUCAAUUUAAAGAAGAGAAAAAUAUUAAUAUGGAAGAUGCUUCAGAAGAAGACAAUAUUCUAGCUAAAAAGAUGUUUCUGGUUGCCCUAUGGUGUAUUCAGUUAAAUCCCAGAGAUCGUCCUUCGAUGAAUAAGGUAAUGGAGAUGCUUGAAGGGAAGAUUGAAAGCCUUGAAUUGCCUCCAAGGCCUUCCUUUUAUAAAAAUGAAACAUACAGACAUGAUGAUGUUAUCUCUGACGAAGCUUCAUUCACUAAUUCCACUUAUUCUGAUAGUUAA